UCAUCCUUGUUCUAAAUUACUAAAAAAAAAGGCUGUCUUGCUAAUAACUCACUACCGGCUCGGUAGUUAGUAGAUGACCUAAUAUCUGCGAUGCAACAAGAAUCCGAAGAUACUCCGCCGAGUAAGCGCCGUCGACUCGAUGUUGUUGAUUCGCCUAAAGAGGAAGUGCUUGAGAACCAGCCUUUUUCGACGGAAUCAACCAAGAGUCUCGAUAGGCCGAUUAGCCCCCCAUCGUUGUCGAAGCGGGUAGGGUGUGGAUUGGGUGUUGAUUUUACGCCGAGUUGGAGCUUCGAUGGUGUGGUGAAAGAGGAGGUGUCGUUGGGGAUGGCGGAGCCAUCUACAUCAGGCAGCAGGGAAACCGUGAAAGAGAAAGAUGCUGAUUUAGAGACACGUUUCAUCCCAUCGCCAGUGCGACUCACAAGGAUCGAGAAGCUGCCCAAGGAGAAGAAUGUCGAUACGGUGGGCUUGACAGAUUUGCUGGGAGACCCAUUGAUCAAGGAGUGUUGGAACUUUAAUUACCUGUUCGACCUGGAUUUCAUUAUGCAACAUUUUGAUAGGGACAUUAGGGACAUGGUCAAAGUCAAGAUUGUGCAUGGCUUCUGGAGGGGAGACGACAAAAACAGGAUUGCAUUAUUGGAAACGGCAGAACGAUAUCCCAACAUUGAGCUCAUAAGUGCAUAUAUCCCGGACCCAUUUGGUACUCACCAUUCGAAAAUGCUCAUUCUCUUCCGACACGAUGAUACCGCUCAGGUCGUUAUCCAUACAGCCAACAUGAUUCACCGCGACUGGGCAAACAUGACACAAGCAGUCUGGGCGUCACCGUUGCUUCCACUCUUGCGGCACACAACGUCGGAGCAAUCAAACUCUAGCAAGAUCCACUCUAUCGGGAGCGGCGAACGAUUCAAAGUUGAUCUUCUUCGUUACUUGUAUGCAUAUGGAAUGCGUCUGGGGGCUUUGACUUCCCAGCUUAAAUACUACGACUUCUCGAGCAUUCGGGCAGCGUUCCUUGGAAGCGCGCCAUCAAAACAAAAGCUUACUGCAGCUGGUCCUUCGCACACUGCUUUUGGCUGGUUAGGGCUCGACCAGAUACUUUCUAGUAUUCCAGUCAAAGCAUCAGGGGAUAGUUUGCGUCCUCACAUCGUCACUCAAAUCUCGUCAGUGGCGACAUUGGGUGCGACACCAACAUGGCUUUUCCAUUUUCAGUCUAUUCUUUCGCGCUGUCCAGAUGCUAAAGAUACAGAAAAAGAGGAGGCGUCAUCGUCAUUCACAAAAGCGUCUAUGUUGUUCACCAAGCAAGAGUCCAAUGCAGCAGAAGCACCAGAACCCAAGUUCAGCGUUGUAUUUCCAACUCCAGCCGAGAUCCGCAUGCCCCUAGAUGGUUACACUGCUGGUGGGUCCAUCCACUGGAAAUUCCAAUCCGUCCAGCAGCAAAAACAGCUCGAAUACAUGCAUCCAAUACUCUGUCACUGGACACCUGUAUCCCGCCCCGAUCCAUCUCAGCAAGAAGCACACCGCGGCACAGCAGCACCACACAUCAAAACCUACAUUCGCUUCAGCGACGAAACCCACACGACCAUCGAUUGGGCUCUACUCACAAGCGCCAACCUAAGUAAGCAAGCAUGGGGCGACGUGAUGAACAAAAAUGAAGAAAUCCGGGUUCAGUCCUGGGAAACAGGUGUCGUGAUGUGGCCUGCUCUAUUUGCAGAAUUUGAGCAUUCAUCGACGAUGGUCCCGGUUUUCGGGGCUGAUAACCCAGAGACGGGCAAACACGGCGAGGGAAAGAGAGAGACGGUGGUUGGGUUCCGCAUGCCGUACAAUCUACCACUCGUACCGUACUCGGCUGAUGAGCGACCUUGGUGUGCGACGUUGGCGUAUGAGGAGCCAGAUCGGUAUGGACUUACUUGGGCUAGAUGGGGUCGUUGAAGGGUACCAAGGUAUACCUCUUACCAUCACUUUGAUAUUAAUAUGAACGUGUCAGUGCCAGCCGAACAUAUGUAGUAACGCAUUGCAAACAUGAGAAAUAGAAACCAGAAUAAUACAUCAAAGCUCAAAGCCCUUUUUCAUUCUUUUAUGCAUUCACCAUUGAUUGUUCUUGUGGCAUCACGGCUUUCCCAUCUUUCAUCUCACUAGUUGUCAUACUUGGCUAGUAUCUCUUCACCAGCCUUGAUGUACUCUUGCUCAGCCUGCUCCUGAGUCGUUCCAGCAUCGGCAACCUCCUUCCACUUGUUGUACUUGGCCUUGCC